AUGUUACCAUAUUUAUAAAAGGAAAGAUCAAAUUCAUUCAAUGUAAGAAAACCAACUGAGAGAUAUUCAAUUCAUGCUGACGUAACUCCAUUAGGUGAAGGAAGAGGAGUAUUUAUCAUUUUAAUUUUGAAUAAUGAAGAGUUUAUAGGUGAACUUAUUCAAAAUCCUCAUUAUCUUCAAUUUCUUAGAUAUAAAGAGUUUUUAAAUGAGAUGUAAAUCAAAUAAUUUGUAGUAUAUUUAUAAGAAUAAUUGAUCUAAUCAACAAGCAAAUCACAUACUUAACAUUAUUGUACAUUUUCAUAAUAAUCAAAAAAAAUUGAUUUAUUAAAUACAUCAAGUAGAGAAAUAUAUGAAGUAUUAUUUGAAUUUGCUGAAAGAAUUAAUAAAGAUAAAUAAUUUAAUUAUGUUUUUGGAGUUGAUUUUAAUAUGGUACAUAAAAGCAAAUUUAAAAGUAUAUUAUUUUUAAGUGAAACAAGAAUUGAUUUAUCAAUAAUGGAAUUAAUUUAACCAUAAAAAAUAACAAGAGGAAGAACUUUCUCUCAUUAAAGUGUCAUUCAAACAUCAAAGGAAUAAUCAGAAAUAUUGGAUACAGAUAAUAAAUAUUAAUAAUUAGCAUCUAAUAAAAGAAGUAAAGAAAUUAAAUAAUAUCUAAAAGAAUAAAAUAAGUUGAAAUAAGAAACAAAAAACAAAGAUUAAUUUAUGAUUAAGAAAAUUGCAUUAACUGAAAAAAUUGAACCUUAAAAAUAAUAAACUGAAUUACCUCAAAAAUGUAAAUAGGUAUUAUAGGGAUUUUAGUUAAUUUUUGGAAUUAAGACAAUUAAUAUGGAUAGAGAUUUAUUUUCUUAAUUUCUUUUAUUAUGUGAAAUGACAAUAUUAUAUACUACAAAUAAGAUGCUUCAAAUUUCAAUUCAUAAAAUAGAAGAGAGUAAGAGAUUAGAAGUAAUUUUAAAAUAAUUAUUUUUUGAUUAUAAAAUCCUUAAAUCUAUGAAUAUUAAAUUAUAGUAAUUGAAUCCAACAUUAACUAGAUGUUUACUAAGAUUUUUAAAAUAAGGUUUAGAAUAUGAUAGAUAAAAUAGAUUAUUUUGGGAUGAUUUUUUAAGAUUUAAUUAAUAUUAUAUAGAUAGGAUUUGGUUUGUCUCUGAUUUUCGAUUAUUUUUAAUGCUUUUGAAUGAUGAAAAUUAAUCCUUCACUUCUAAAAUUAUGAAAGUCUAACCCCUUAAUAUUUAAAGAACUAUUUUAAAUCUUGAACCAGAAUCCUUAUAGAAUAUUGUUUACUCAUUAAUUUUUUGA